AUGCGGCACCAGCGUAAGAAACGGUACAUUCACGCGAUUCCCAUCGAACACGUGAAGCCUCAUCACCUGCCAGUCAUGCAGGAGAUCCCUACUUCGACCCCAUACAGCGACAGAAUAUUCAAUGCACAGGAGUUUCAGCGACGUAUAGAAUUGCAAGAUGACGAGAUCCACGACCGUGUGGCGUUACGCUAUCUGAGUCAGUAUGUUGGACCAGUACUGUUCAACAUCUGCGACUUUGAUGAAGCAGCUGCAAGACAUGUCUACCUGUUCAACUCAUCCAGACUUGUGCUCGCUAUUUCCAAUUUUACUUUGGAACGUAUGACGGUGGUGGUAACUCCUGCGCGCACUCUGCUUUCCAGCGACGCGCAGUGUCCGUCAGCGAACCUCGAGUGCCAGGUGUCCGGCGCACGUGUCUGUAUCGACUCACUCAGCGCUUGCGACGGCGUACCCAACUGUGGUUCAUACGAUAUAUAUGAUGAGGAUCGUCUGACGUGUGGAAGAUCAGCAGGAGUUCAGCAUAAUGUGUGCCUUGCCGCCAUAACUUUCUUAGCAGUUUUACUUACUCUACUAUAUAUCGUGCACUAUUGGCUUAAACGAUGCGUGCCCAGAGUCUCUGAUGCCUUUUUCAUAUACACUGAUGCUGCUGAAAAUGUUUUAUACUUGGACCCUAUUAUGAGGUCUCCAUAUGAUACCGAAGAUCCAAAGGUGUUCUAUCGAACCGGUGUUAUCCCUGAUGAUAUGGAAUGUACCGACAUGAAAAUAAAAAGCAAGUCAGUUAGUCCUUAUAUUAGGCGAUUUCUCAGCUUAUUUCGAUGGAGAUGUAACUCAAAUCGUAAUGCGGCACCCGUUACGAAAGAACAAGAAAUUGACAUAGACUUUGACCGCCAUAGAAUGUAUUCGUAUGGUGAAGUAGAGCUCACUAAAUUGGGAGGUUCUGCGUUGACAGAUAUGGCAGUGCAAACCGGAUCAAGUUUAUUAGGAAUUCCCACAUUGGGUUCAGUUGUUGUUAACGUGUCAGAUCACGGCAGAUCUUCGGUGGUUGAUUCUGAGAUGGAAGACAUAGUAACUUAUUACGAAGGAAAGCGAAGAUCAAAGGAAAGCAAUAUUAUUGACUUAGACGAUCGUGAGUCUACGGAACGCGUAUUUAAAGAGUUGAGUAUUUUGGAGUUCUUUAAACGGGCAAGAUCUGUUUCUGUGGACAUGCCUCCGUAUCAAGAAGAAAGAAGUUCAGAAUAUUUGACGCAACUUUCACCCCAAAGAGAAGAAGAGGAAAUACAAAGCCUUAACUAUGAACCAAGCUUCCAAGUGCCAGCAAGCGUUACUUCAAUGAAUAUGGAAAUAAGUGGGAAAAAAAUUGAACACGCAAAUGUCCAAAAGAAAUUAAGAUUUGAAGAUAUUAAGGCGGAGUCACCUAGUGAGAAUGUAAAUGUAGAGGGGGUAAUGCCUGAACGUGGUCGACGGAGCGUGGUGUAUGGGGCCGGGAAGAAUAUGCCUAUAGAGCAGUCGGACUCCGGCGGUCAAAUCGAUGAGCCGAGUACCAGUACCAAUAGAAAAACAUAUUUUUGGGGCAGCAGUAAAAACAAACCUAAAAAGCCAACUAAGAAAAAGACUCAAUUAUUCUCGUCUCGAUGA